UCUCUAUCAUCAAAACAAUUUUAUUUACAAGAAAAGACCAAUUAAAUUUAACGAUUAGGAAUGACACCGAUCGGAUCCGUGGCGCAAUGGUAGCGCGUCUGACUCCAGAUCAGAAGGUUGCGUGUUCGAUUCACGUCGGGUUCAAAAUCCUGAAACAAUCGGAUCCUUCUUUUUUUUUUUUGCCAUCUUCGGAUAUGGCCGAUCUCGGCUAAACUCGACCCGAGUCGUUCCUGAAAGAAUAAGGGAAUCCUUGCCUGCCGACCGUUGAUUAGAAGUGGGUUAAGACUGUGAUUCCUGAUUUACUGUUGAAGAAGAUUAAGAGGAAUGAAGAAUGGGAGCUUGCUAAAAAGCAGGAACUGGAAGCUGCAGAGAGGAAGAAAGUCGAGAACCGCAAAGCUCAUUUACUGAAGAGCUAUGCAGUAUGCAAAAGAGUCUGAGAGUCAGGUAUAUUUGAGAGUAAAAGCUAUGGAUCCGUGGCGCAAUGGUAGCGCGUCUGACUCCAGAUCAGAAGGUUGCGCGUGUUCGAUUCACGUCGGGUUCAAAAUCUUGGAACAGUCGGAUCUUUUUUUGGCAUCUUCGUACAUGGCCGAUCUGGGCUAAACUCGACCCGAAUCGUUCCUGAAAGAAUAAGGGAAUCCCUGCCUGCCGUCCGUCGAUUAAAGGUGGGUGAGGAAGUUAAGACUGUGAUUCCUGAUUCACUGUUGAAGAAGAAUAAGAGGAAUGAAGAAUGGGAGCCUGCUAAAAAGCAGGAACUCGAAGCUGCAAAGAGGAAGAAUGUCGAGAAACGCAAGCUAGCUAUGCAGUAUGCAAAAGACUAUGAGGCUCAGGUAUAUGUGAUGGUGAAACCUAAUGGAUCCGUGGCGCAAUGGUAGCGCUUCUGACUCCAGAUCAGAAGGUUGUGUGUUAGAUUCACGUCGGGUUCAAAAUCCUGAAACAGUCGGAUCUAUUUUUUUUCCCUCUUCGGAUAUGGCCGAUCUGAGCUAAACUCGACCCGAGUCGUUCCUGAAUGAAUAAGGGAAUCCCUGCCUGCCGUCCGUUGAUUAGAGGUGGGUGAGGAAGUUAAGACUGUGAUUCCUGAUUCACCGUUGAAGAAGAAUAAGAGGAAUGAAGAAGGGAGCUUGCUAAAAAGCAGGAACUCGAAGCUGCAAAGAGGAAGAAAGUCUAGAACCGCAAGCCCAUUUACUCAAGAGCUAUGCAGCAUGCAAAAGAGUAUGAGGCUCAGGAAAAAGAGCUGAUUCAGUUGAAGCGGGAGGAAAAGUUGAAAGGAGGGUUCUAUGUGAAUCCUGAAUCUAAGCUUUUGUUUAUCAUUCGAGUCCGUGGUAUCAAUGCCAUGCGCCCAAGGACAAGAAAGAUCUUGCAGCUCUUGCGUUUAAGACAGAUUUUCAAUGGCGCUUUCCUUAAAGUGAAUAAGGCAACAAUGAACAUGCUUCACCUUGUUGAACCUCAUGUGACUUAUGGAUACCCUAACCCCAAGAUUGUUCGGGAACUGAUUUACAAAAGAAGUUAUGGGAAGUUGAAUAAGCAGAGAGUUGCUUUGACCGACGAUGCAAUCAUUGAACAGGUCUGUAUCAUUUUUCAUUUACGGUUUCAUGCUGGUGACGAGCAUUUAAUAAGCAUGCCUGUCGCUUUUACUGGUGAGAGGCUUUGGGUAAAUUCGGCAUCAUCUGUGUGGAAGACCUUAUCCAUGAGAUCAUGACUGUGGGACCUCAUUUCAAGGCACCAUUGGGUGGUUUGAAGAAGAAGAGAAGGCCAUUAUGUCGAAGGAGGAGAUGCCUGCAACCGUGAGAAUUACAUCAAUGAAGUGGUUAGGAGAAUGAAUUAAUAAACUUGGCCUUAUUAGGAGGUAUUUUGGGUUUUAUUUGGAGGGGUCUUUAAUUUCAUUUAGAAAUUAGAAACAGUAUUAGUAAAAGCAUCAAAUCUGCAUGGCAUUACCAUUACUCUACAAUGUGCUUGAGCUUGAGCUUCAAUACAAAUGAUGAGGUUUAACUCAAACACAAAAAUUGAUAAACGAGCUUAAAAGUAAAUAUUUGAUUUAGCUCAA